AAGACAUGACAGAACUUCAUGGUGGUGUACAACAAAACUAGCCUCUCAGGCGACAGCAUUAGUGGAGUGCGGAGGUGUUUUCCCAAGGAGUAAGACACCUGGUUCUUCCGGUGUUCAGGCCUGGAAUCCACCUUAUCUAAGUCGAUCUGGUGAGCAAGAGGAAAAACAAAACCAUUGGCUCAGCAAAAAUGGAGAAAUUUGAACAUGAAGGACAUGAGCCCUCCCACUUGACCAGUCAUAGGAAAGUGACAGCAGUUGUCAUUGGUGCAGGUAACAGAGGAAAGAACUACGCAAAAUAUGCGGAAGAUUUUCCCCACUUGUUCCAAGUAGUUGCUGUAGCCGAGCCCAAAGUGCAUGCCAGAGAGUAUAUACAAAGAAAGCAUUCCUUGCCCCUGGACCGAUGUUUUGAUGACUGGGAACUUCUGGCUGAGGAACCCAAACUAGCAGAUUGUGCAAUUAUUGCUACACAAGAUCAGCAACAUCUUCAACCCACCAUUGCACUUGCCAGGAAGGGGUACCACAUUCUGUUGGAAAAGCCAAUGGCAGUGACAGAGGAGGACUGCCGUUCUAUUUAUGAAGUGUGCCGAGAGGCUGGUGUCAUAUUGGCUAUUUGUCAUGUACUUAGGUACCAUCCUCCUGCUAAAAAGUUGAAGGAACUGAUUGAUUCGGGAGUGAUUGGGGAGGUUGUCAACAUCAACCACACAGAGCCUGUUGGAUUUUGGCAUUUUGCUCAUUCUUUUGUUAGAGGAAACUGGGGUAAUACAAAGAGAAGCACAUUUUCACUACUGGCCAAGUGUUGUCAUGAUGUUGAUCUCAUUUCUUAUUGGAUGAGAAACAAGAAGUGUGUUAAACUUUCUUCAUUUGGCUCUUUGCAACAUUUUAGAAAGGAAAAAAAGCCCAUGGGUUCUGGGUCCCGCUGUCUGCAGUGCCAAGUGGAGGAAAUCUGUGCCUUCUCAGCCAAGAAGAUUUACCUUGAUCCUGCACCACUUAGCCCACGCUGGCCCAUGAGUGCCGUGUGUGACAUUGAGGAUGCACCUGAGGGCUACUUGCAAAAGUUGACUCAAGCUAUCGAAACAGGUCCUUAUGGAAAAUGUGUGUACGACACUGAUAAUGAUGUUUGUGACAACCAGGUUGUUAAUUUUGAAUUUAGUGAUGGUGCAACUGCAACUCUUACAAUGAUCGCCUUCACGAAGAAUUUAUGUGCAAGAAAGACAGAAGUGUAUGGUACUCGUGGACAGUUAGUAUGGGACGAGUCACUUGGUCAUACAGUUCAGCAUUUUGACUUCCUGUCCAGAGUCUCAAAAGCUCAUCAGUGUGAGGAAAGUUUGAGAGCUCCUCCUGGGUGGGGACAUAAUGGUGCAGAUUUCUUCUUGAUUGAAGCAUUUGCAAAAGCAGUGGCAGAGGGCGACCGAGAAUGUAUCUUAUCAGGCCCAAGUGUGUCUUUAGAAACACAUCUUCUGACAUUUGCAGCAGAACAUUCACGCUUGACAGGCAGUGUUGUCAGGCCUAGCGAAGAUCCUCGCUGGAUGGUGUAAGAUAUAAUGAAGAAAAAAUUGAGCAGCUAAUGGUACCUAUAAUUAAGAAGCCAGAAGACAGGAGCAAUAGAACAAGAUAUUGGCAGUUUGGAGGGAUAUGUUGUGUAUCUUUAUAUGUGUAUGCUUCUAGACUGUUGUAUUCUGAGCACCUCUGCAAAAACAGUGAUAAUGUGCGAGUGUGGUGAAAGUGUUGAAUGAUGAUGAAAGUAUUUUCUUUUUGGGGAUUUUCUUUCUUUUUUUUUUUUGGGUCACCCUGCCUCGGUGGGAGACGGCCGACUUGUUGAAAAAAAAAAAAAUAAUAAUGAAGAGCCAUAUUGGUGGUGGACAAUGAAGUACAUAAAUGAGAAAAUAAUGCAGUAUUGUACUAUAUCAUUACAUUAUACAGCCUCUCCUCACUUAACGCUGGAUUUCUGUUCCUAAGACCACGUUGGUAAACAAAUACAUAGCUAAGUGAGGAGCAUACUAUAUUGGUAGUGGGUUCGUGUCAGCCAUCUUUGAUAUUGUUUUAAUGUCACCUUUGCACUAUAUUUUUAAAUGUUUAUACAGUAGUCUACUGUAUAUUGUAAUAAACAGAAUAGAGGAAAUAAGCUCCAAUGUACAUUAUUUACAUAUGCAUACUAGUCAGAGAACCCAUCAUAAGUCUGAAUUAUCGGUAAACGAGUACGUCCCUAAGUGAGGAGAGGUUGUAAUGUAUUGUGUUUUUAUUUUCAACAAACUGCCCAUAUCCCACCGAGGCAGGGUGUAUUUACCUAUUUAUAAUUACUUGUUUGUAGCUGCAGGAGCAGAGAUAUGCUCAUGGUGUCUAUAAUUAUUAAUAGUUUGCUCAUCAUAUAAUUUUUAAAAUAUGCUCUUGGUGUCCUAUCUUCAAUAAUUUGUUCUUCAUAUAAUUUAAAACAAUUCCAAUGGGUGUACCACUUUCUACAUCUGUAAUUCAUUCUGUUGAUCUACCACUGUGCAAGACAAAAUUUCCUAGUACAGUAGGACCCCCUGUAUCCACGGGGGAUGCAUUCCAAGGACCUACUGCAGAUACCAAAACUGCAGAUAGUAGUGAACCCUAUAUAUAAGUGCUAUACAUUUUUUUUUUCAACAAGUCGGCCAUCUCCCACCGAGGCAGGGUGACCCAAAAAAGAAAGAAAAUACUAUCGUCAUUAUUCAACACUUUCACCUCACUCACACAUAAUCACUGUUUUUGCAGAGGUGCUCAGAACACAACAGUUUAGAAGCAUAUACGUAUAAAGAUACACAACAUAUCCCUCCAAACUGCUAAUAUCCUGAAACCCCUCCUUUAGAGUGCAGGCAUUGUACUUCCCAUUUCCAGGACUCAAGUCCGGCUAUAUAAAAAUAACCGGUUUCCCUGAAUCCCUUCACUAAAUAUUACCCUGCUCACACUCCAACAGAUCGUCAGGUCCCAAAUACCAUUCGUCUCCAUUCACUCCUAUCAAACAUGCUCAUGCACGCCUGCUGGAAGUCCAAGCCCCUCGCUCACAAAACCUCCCUUACCCCUUCCUUCCAACCUUUUCGAGGACCCCUACCCUGCCUGCCUUCUCCUACAGAUUUAAAUGCUCUCCCUGUCAUUCUACUUUGAUCCAUUCUCUCUAAAUGACCAAACCACCUCAACAGCCCCUCUUCAGCCGUCUGACUAAUUUUUUUUUUUUUUUUUUUUUUUUUCAACAAGUCGGCCGUCUCCCACCGAGGCAGGGUGACCCAAAAAAGAAAGAAAAUCCCCAAAAAGAAAAUACUUUCAUCAUCAUUCAACACUUUCACCACACUCGCACAU